UAUAUAAACUGCGGGAGGCGACAAACAUUCUCCAUUUACGAAUAGUAAGCCUGACAAGCAGCAUCUCCACUGCGCAGCUAUUGCCACUACAAGGAAAGACGCGCGUUUUUGAAUGAGCAAAAACACGAGUGGCAUCGACACAUCAAAUGAAAUAACAUAUUGGAGUGUAUGCACAAGCACGAAACGAAGGGGGCAGCAAGCUCUGGAUACAGAUCCUGAUAUAUUUUCAACCUGCAUUGCUGGAUAACAAGGAUUUUCAAAACCUACGCGUGGUUUGGAGUUACUGAGAAGGGGCUCUGCAAACGAGCUCGAAGAAGGAUAUAUUUUUACUUUUAGUUUUUCGUUUAUUUUAUCUUGACCACUUGGAAUAGGAGCGCCUUGAACGGAACAGGUUAUAUUGAAGGCGACGCACAGCUGCCAAGGAGAAACGGGAAGGAUGGCAGCUUGGUUCACCUUUAGCAUUGCAUUUAGCAUAACGAUAUCAGCGCAGGUUUUGGGAUCCGGUGUAUUCGAGGUGGAUCUUCAUGAUUUUAAGAAUAAUAAAGGAUUACUGCAGAAUGGCAAUGCAUGCAAACCUGACUGCAGGACUUUUUUCCGAGUUUGCCUGAAGAAUUACCAGGCUGUGGUAUCACCAGGUGAUUGUCUCUUCGGCUCAGUCAUUACUCCUGUACUGGGAACGAACUCGUUCAGUGUUGUGGAAGGUGACAGUUUCAGCAAACCUAUUCGCCUGCCGAUCAACUUUGGAUGGCCGGGUUCUUUUUCUUUAAUUAUCGAAGCUUGGCAUUCUCCCUCAGCAGACCAACCUGUAGAAAGAAACAACACCGAAUUAUUGAUUAGCUAUUUUGCCAUCAAAAGAAAGUUGGAAGUAGGGGAUGAGUGGUCUCGGUAUGUUCAGACCGGGAAUCAGACAGAGCUAAGCUAUUCAUACCGGUUCAUCUGCAAUGAAAAUUACUACGGCGAACGUUGUUCCAACAUGUGCGCGCCCAGGGACGACCAUUUUGGCCACUACACCUGCAACCCUGAUGGGCACAUAUCCUGUCUUCCUGGCUGGAAGGGAGAAUACUGCCAAGAACCAAUCUGUCUUGAAGGAUGCAGCAAAGGAAAUGGAAAUUGUUCCCAGCCAGGGGAGUGUGUGUGCAGGAAGGGCUGGCAGGGAACCUUCUGUGAUGAGUGCGAGAAACAUUCGGCUUGUCAACAUGGCACCUGCGAGCAGCCCGGGCAGUGCAACUGCAAAGAAGGCUGGGGAGGACUCCUCUGUGACCAGGAUCUGAACUACUGCACCCACCACAAGCCCUGUCGCAACGGAGCUACCUGCAUGAACACGGGGCAGGGAAGCUACACCUGCGCCUGCCAGCCAGGGUUCACAGGGGUGGACUGCGAGCUGGAGGUCAGGGAGUGUGACAGCAAGCCCUGCCGGAAUGGAGGGAGUUGCAUGAACCUAGAGAAUGGCUACGCGUGCGUGUGCCCUCCAAGGUUCGAGGGGCCGCACUGUGAGCACAGCCUGCUGACCUGUGCCGACUCACCCUGCUUCCACAAUGGGAAGUGCCAUGAGAAGGACAAUGGGAGGAGAUACGUCUGUGAGUGCCCCCCUGGAUUCACUGGGCUCAACUGUGAGAAGAAAGUGGACAAGUGCACGUCUCUCCCAUGUGCCAAUGGCGGCCGCUGCAUUCUCCAUGGAAACAUGCGCAUGUGCCACUGUCGGACCGGCUUCACGGGUCAGCACUGCGAGAUCAACAUCAACGAGUGCGCCCAGAACCCCUGCGCCAACGGCGCCACCUGCGUGGACCGCUUCAACGACUUCAGCUGCGUGUGCCCCCCGGCCUUCACCGGCCGCAAGUGCGACACGCCCCUGGACGUCUGCGCCACCCAGCCCUGCCUCCACGGGGGGACCUGCGCCGCCGGGGGCCGCGGGGACCGGUCCUUCACCUGCGCCUGCCCCGCCCACUACACCGGCCCCCUCUGCCAGUUCUACAACGUGCCUUUGCCCGUCACCCCCAGCCCCACUUCCGGCGGCAAGCCCAGCGACACCUUCCACUGGGCGGCCGUGUCCCUGGGCGUGGGCCUGGUGGUCCUGAUCAUGCUCCUCUGCAUGGUGGCCACCGUCCUCCGUUACAUGCACCGGCAGAGGAGUCAGGAGGAGCAGGACUCGGAGACCAUGAACAACCUGUCCGACUUCCAGAAGGACAACCUGAUACCUGCCUCGCAGCUGAAGAACACCAACAAGAAGGUUGACUUGGAGGUGGAUUGUGCGCUAGAAAAAACCAACUACAAACACAACAACUACCACUUGGACUACAAAUCCUCCAAGGACUUCAAAGAUGAUCCAUCUCAAGAGGACAAAAAUCCCAACUGUGAAAAAUGUUUAGAAGAGAAAAUACCACUGAGUAGAAUGUACAGUGAAAAGCCAGAGUGUAGGAUAUCAACGAUAUGCUCCCCAAGAGAUUCAAUGUACCAGUCUGUGUUUGUAAUAGCAGAGGAGAGGAAUGAGUGUGUCAUAGCAACUGAGGUAUAAACUGUGGAAGAUAUGAAAAAAAAAAAACACUACCAAGGAGGAAUAUCUUCUGGACUGUUUACAAAUAUAAAAAGAGACUGGGAUUUAUUUAAAUGGAAAUGCUGCUCUUUAAAACUUGAUAACUGGAGGGAGCAGUUAUCUGCUCUGCGAAUGCAAUAGGACUUGACCUUUGACCAGGAGUUAGAAUGUUCACGAGUGACUAAAUCGUGGGUCAGACGCAAGACGUCUUGGACAUUUCGCCUCGGGUGGUCAUGUGACGGACCCACGGCGAUGGGAAGCGACAGGAUAACUGCGCACCUACGACAGCGAGCAGAUGCCCCGCAAAGCUAAACGAGUUUCCCUCAGAAGAUGCCCCGCCUUGGCGUGACGACCAGCGAAACACCGAGCAAGCGACAGCUUACAAUACUGUGGGAGGAUCUGACCAAGUCUAGUCACCUCCCAGUGCUAUGCAAGAAUAAAAGGGAAAUGAGUUGAAUUCUCCAAUUUGGGACAAAAAAAAAACUAACUAAACAUUUCUUGAAGAAAAAAAAACAUACUGGAGACGGUUCAUUUUUAGGAGAAUGUCUAAGAUGCAUGUCGACUGUGUAAAAUGACUUUUGUUUUUUCCAAACGUUGAUAAAGAUUGUAUGCUGCCCAAAUCACAGAGCCUUAAAAAUGGGUUUAAGAGCUAAAUUGGUGCCCCACUCGUCUUGGAUCCUUUGCACAACCGAAAUGAAAGGGAUUCUUUUUAUUCAAAAGGGAUUUCGAGAGAAAACCACGGGACCACAAUACACAGUGCAGUGCCAGUGGAAUUCAAGACUAAGUACAAUUACUUAUUAUGCAACACUGCCCAUAAAUAAAGACAAAGAAGAAGAGUUAAAAGUGACUAUCAUACCACGGACUGCCUAUAAUUAGUACUGAAAUUACAGAACCAAUAAUGUUAUUUUUUAAGAUUAGCAUUUCACUAGUUAAUUUAAAUAUUAUGAAGCACUGAUCUUUCUAUGUUUUAUAAAAUUAUUUUGUAUAUAAUGUAUAUUUAUAAGGGAAAAAUGUCUGAAGUGUACAUGUUAUUCCUUCAAACUGUUUUUAAUUUGAUGUCUGCAAAAAAAUGAAUUUAUUUUUGUUUUUUGUUUUGAUUUUUUUAAACAAUGAAAACAUUCCUGGUACACUGUUGUUUGUUGGUCUUAUUAAAUGUUGAGAAUGAUCAGAUAA